AAACCGCGAAUUUCAUAUUUCUGUAAAGUCUAAACCGACUUCGCCGAUAAACCCUAAACCCUUUCCCGGUCGCGCGACAUUGUUCAUCCAUGCGCAAUCUACCUCAUGUUCGUUAUCAGACUCUUCCGCCAGGAUCCAAUUCCGUUUGCUCAUCCUCAUACACCUUCCAAUCGAUGUUUCUGCUACUCCAAACUCCGGGAUCACUACGCUUUUGAAUCCCCACCUUCUCUCUCCCCUAAACCCCCACCGCCGGAGCUCAAACCGCGGCAAAACAAACCACUGAAACCACGGUACAAACCACCAUCGUCGCUCGAUCUCGCUGACAAGAAGCCAAAGCAUUCAGACUUGCCAUUCGAUUUCCAGUACAGUUACACGGAGACUAGCCGCUUGGUGAGGCCUAUCGGGCUUCGAGAACCGAAGUUUUCACCGUUUGGGCCUGGGCGGCUUGACCGGAAAUGGACUGGGGUGUGUGCCCCGGCGGUGGACCCGAAGGCGAGCUCUUUAGAGAGCAUGGAAGAUCCAAAACUGGAAGAGAAGAGGAGGGUCAUGUGGGAGAAUAUUCAAGGAGAGCCACUGACAGGAGCCGAGAGAAAGGCUUUGGUGGAAACGUGUCAAAAGAAGAAAACAAAGAGGCAGAUUAAUUUGGGAAGAGAUGGUUUAACUCACAAUAUGUUAAAUGAUAUCUAUAAUCACUGGAAACAUGCCGAAGCAGUGAGGAUCAAAUGUUUAGGUGUUCCCACUGUUGAUAUGAAAAAUGUGUGCACGCAGCUUGAGGAGAAAACCUUUGGAAAGAUCAUUCAUAGGCAUGGUGGUUUUCUUGUUCUAUACAGAGGGAGGAACUAUAAUCCCAAGAAAAGGCCAUUCAUUCCCUUAAUGUUAUGGAGACCCCAUGAACCUAUCUAUCCCAGGCUGAUUAAAACUACAAUUGAUGGACUGAGCAUUGAUGAAACAAAAGAAAUGAGAAAGAAAGGACUAGCUGUUCCUGCUUUGACAAGACUUUCAAAAAAUGGUUACUACGGUAGUUUGGUACCCAUGGUUCGAGAUGCUUUUCUCUCCUGCGAGUUGGUUCGGAUUGAUUGUCAAGGCCUUGAGAAGAGUGAUUACAAGAAAAUUGGCUGCAAGCUUCGGGACCUUGUGCCUUGUAUCUUGGUGACGUUUGAGAAGGAGCAGAUUGUAGUGUGGAGGGGCAAGGAUUACCAGCCUUCAGAAUCGGAAUGUUUUCUUUCAGUCAGAGAGUCAUUUGAUGAUUUUGAUGGCAAUACGAAGUGUGUCGACAGUGACGACGACGAGGACGAUGAAAAUUUUGACAACAAUUGCUGCGAUGCAGGCUUUCAAUCUGCUGCAAAGCAAAAUCCCAAGGACUGAUGAUUCGAAUGCACUAUGCUGUAGAUUGACCCAUAUUGUUUGUUCAUAUCAUUUAUUUCCUCAUUCUUCUGUUCUCCCAUGAAGAAGGGAGUGAAAAUUCUGUAGAGCGUAGAGGUUUGAACUUUUAACUUUCUUUUUGACAAUGGUGUAUACUUUAGCUAGCGGAACUAUGUUCAUGUUGAGUUGUUCUACGCCUAUAUUGGCUUAUCAAAUUUUUGUUAUCGCAACCCACGAGUCUUAACUUCCCUCUAACGACUUAUUUUCUUCCCUUUUUUGUUCUGGUUUGACAACGAAAAUGUUGUGAUGUUCUUCUCUUGUAGUCAGGUCCAGUCUAUAGACGAUUAUUGCUCUC